AUGCGAGGUCCAAAUUACAUCCACUGCAUUACAGGUGAAAUAAAUGCAGUUCUGGUGCAAAUGAAGCUUAGUACUCGGUACACCUCGAACCAACGCUUUUACAAGGAGAUACCGAUUGUCUCUGAAACACCACUAAUGAGAACGUUUAAGUCACUCCAUGAACGAAUCAGUGUUCAUACCGAUCUCGAUGGUCUAAAUCCUAUGGACUAUUUUGGUGCAUUUCUUGAUUUAAUUGAAAACCCGGAAACACCGUAUGCAUUGUUGUACAACUUGACUGGUAGCGCCGACCUCACGUCGGUUGCCUUGUCUUCCAUUGACAAAUUCCUUCUUUAUGGUCUGGUGACGAAAGAUUCCCAGGAUGCCAUCGCCGUCAUCAACAACAUUGCAGACUCUCUGUGCAACUGCCGCUUCGAAAGCACGUACACCACCACAGAAGAAUCCGUCUACCAGAACCUUCUCGACAUCAUUCUCACCUGCAUUCGCUGCGAUGCGGGCGUUCUACUCACCAAAAAGCGCGUCUGGCACCUCUUCGAAACCGUCUACGCCAUGGCCUUCCAAAAGAGCGUGACACCACUACUCCAGAAAUCAGCCGCCAGCACGCUCACACACAUCAUCCUCACGCUCUUCGCGCGUCUUCGCCACCCCGAGACCUUCAACUGCGUCAUGGAGGCGCCGCCGUCUCCCAAAGCCGUCGUUUAUUCCCUCGAUUCGCCCUCGUUUUCUCCGCGGUGGUCCAACCCCUCCCCCAUUCCCGCGGUUUCCCUCGGCUCCAUCCCCGUGGUUCCCGUGGUUCCCGUGGCGGACGCGGAGACGAAGGAGGAGAAAACCGCGGUGAUGAGCGAAGUGAAACUGUCGGAAGCCAAUUCGAAUUCGAAUUCGAAUGAUUCGGUGGAAAUGAAGGAUGAAACGGUCGAAACACAAUCCGGAACAAUGGAUGCCUCAAAACCCUCCGAUUCCAAUGAAAAUGGUGGAAACAGUGGAAACAGUGGAAACAGUGGAAACGGAGAAGAGCCAAAACCGGAACUUGCAAAAGAGGAAUCCGAGAAAUCCGAGAAAUCCGAGAAAUCCGAGAAAUCCGAGAAACCGGUUCCUGCAAUGGUGGAAACCGUGGAACCGGAGAACCACCGGAUCGAAAUCAAACUGCCCGGGAGUUCUUCGAAUACCCCCGAAGCGGGCGAAGACUCGGAAUUGCCGGCGGAGGAGGAAACGGAGGAAGCGGAGGAAUCGGAAGAGGCGGAAGAAGUGCUGAUUCCGUACGAUAUCUCGCUGCUGCAUCAAAUCCUUUCGUUUCUGAUUCAAUUGGCGGACCCCACGAACGUGCACAUCGCGAGCCUCAACUAUGGAUUGUCGAUGAUCAACACGCUCCUCGAAAUGAACGGCGAUCUUCUCGCCUCCCACCAAUCCCUCAUUUCCCUUCUUCAAGGCGUGUUCUGCAAGUACUUGAUCCAGAACUCGCGCGCAGAAGACACCCAGACGCUCUCUCUCACGCUCCGCGUCAUCUUCAACCUCUUCCAGUCCCUCAAAUCCUUCCUCAAAGUCCAGCUGGAGGUCUUCAUCACCUCCGUCCACAUCCGCCUCGCCGACACGUCCCUUCCCCGCGGUGCCUUCACCCCUAGAGAGCCCGCCACGUCGCACGACUUCCUCCCAAAAGAAGUGUCUCUGGAAAGUCUCCUGGAUUUCUGCCAAGAGCCCACCGUGAUGAUCGAUCUCUACACGAACUACGACUGCGACGUGCAGUGCACCAACCUCUUCGAGCGUCUCUGCGACUGUCUCUACCGCAACGCCAUGCCGCCCGAGAAGAAGCCGCUCACCAGCAUCCACACGCUUGCCUUCCAGGGGCUGAUCACUGUACGCUUCAGGAAUCGCGGAUGA